AGUGGGGGUGUUUGUUCAAUACGAAGACGGCUGGAAGGAGGAAACAAAGGGCGGAAGUUAGCGUAAUUUUACAACAUUUCAACCCUACUCUCUUCUCUUCUACUGUUAUUUUUCAAACCCUAAUCUAGACUCCCCUCUCUCCCUAUAUUAUUUUUCAAACCCUAAUCUCUCUCUCUCUGAUGGAAGAUAUGGAUUUAAAGCUUCACUACCCUCCAGAUUCACUUCCCCUCUCCGCAAUCACCACCGCCAAGCUCGCCGGGAUCCCCAUCUCCGUUCAUUCCGAUCUCAGCUCACCCUCCCCUCCUGCACUACUUCUCCCCACUGGUGUGAAGUUACAGGGGAUAAAUGCAAUACUACGUUAUCUUGGUAGAAUAUCGAAAAAUGUUCAAGGUUUGUACAAGCGGGAUGAUCUCGAGUCUUCUCAGAUAGAUGAGUGGCUUGAUUAUGCCCCUCUCUUUGCCUCGGGCUCUGAAUUUGAGGGAGCUUGUAAAUUUGUGGAUGGCUAUUUACUGCAUCGGACUUUUUUGGUUGGUUAUAGUCUCUCUAUUGCAGACUUAGCAAUCUGGUCGGGUCUUGCAGUAACUGGGCGUCGAUGGGAAAGCUUGAAGGACUCCAAGAAAUAUCCAAACUUGGGGCGAUGGUUCAAUUCAAUAUCAGCUGAAUACGGUGCUUUAAAUGAAGUAACAGCACAAUAUGCUGGAAAAAAGGGCUCUGGAAAGCCAACAACAAAAUCAGUAGAGAAAGAACAAAAGGGCUCGAAUGCGCUUGCAAACGGAGAUGUUGGAAAAGUAGGAAGUAGGUCAACAAAUGAGGUAGAUCUUCCAAAUGCAGAAGGUGGAAAAGUUUGUUUGCGGUUUGCACCUGAGCCAAGUGGUUAUCUGCACAUUGGUCAUUCAAAAGCAGCACUCCUGAAUCAGUACUUUGCUGAUAGGUAUCAUGGUAAAAUUAUCAUUCGUUUUGAUGAUACGAAUCCUGCAAAAGAAAGUAAUGAAUUUGUGGAUAAUCUUUUGAUCGACAUUAAAACACUGGGUAUCAAUUAUAAGGAUGUUACAUACACAUCAGAUUAUUUUCCCCAGCUGAUGGAAAUGGCUGAGAAAUUGAUUCGUGAGAAGAAGGCAUAUGUGGAUGAUACACCACGGGAGCAGAUGCAGAAAGAAAGGAUGGAUGGAAUUGAGUCAAGGUGUAGAAACCACAGUGUAGAGGAGAAUAUAAAGUUAUGGAAGGAAAUGAUUGCUGGGUCAGAAAGGGGUUUAAUGUGCUGCGUCCGAGGUAAGUUGGACAUGCAGGACCCCAACAAGUCUCUUAGGGAUCCUGUCUAUUACCGGUGCAACCCCAUGGCCCAUCAUAGGAUUGGCAAUAAAUAUAAGAUAUACCCAACUUAUGAUUUUGCAUGCCCAUUUGUUGAUUCUAUAGAAGGUAUUACUCAUGCACUUCGAUCUAGUGAGUAUCAUGAUCGCAAUGCUCAGUAUUACAGAAUACAAAAUGAUAUGGGACUGCGAGAGGUUUAUAUAUAUGAAUUUAGUCGCUUGAAUAUGGUUUAUACACUUCUUAGCAAGCGUAAGCUUCUGUGGUUUGUUCAAAAUGGAAAGGUUGAUGGAUGGGAUGAUCCUAGAUUCCCCACUGUGCAGGGUAUUGUGCGCAGAGGUCUGCAAAUUGAGGCAUUGAUACAGUUCAUUCUCGAGCAAGGUGCAUCAAAAAAUCUUAAUCUGAUGGAAUGGGACAAGUUGUGGACUAUCAAUAAGAAAAUCAUCGAUCCUGUUUGUCCUAGACACACUGCAGUCUCUGCAGAGCGUGUCCUGUUGAUGUUAAAAGAUGGACCUGAUGAUCCUUAUGUUCGCAUUAUUCCAAGACAUAAGAAAUAUCCUGGUGCUGGGGAUAAGGCUACCACUUACACAAAGAGCGUAUGGUUAGAUCUUGCUGAUGCCAAGUGCAUUUCGGCAGGGGAGGAGAUUACCUUGAUGGACUGGGGUAAUGCCAUAGUAAAGGAAAUCAGCAAGGAUGAGGACGGAAGUAUCAAGCAUUUGACAGGGGUUUUGAACCUCGCAGGAUCUGUCAAGACCACAAAGUUGAAACUUACUUGGCUGCCUGAUACAAAUGAACUUGUUCCACUCUCUUUAAUGGAAUUUGAUUAUCUUAUCACAAAGAAGAAGCUUGAUGAGGAUGAGGAUUUUGUUGAUGUGCUUAACCCGUGUACCAAGAAAGAAAGUGCAGCAUAUGGGGAUUCAAAUAUGAGAAACUUGAAGAAAGGUGAGAUUUUGCAGCUGGAGAGGAAGGGCUAUUUUAGAUGUGAUGUUCCAUUUGUGAGGCCAUCGAAGCCUAUAGUGCUGUUUGCAAUUCCAGAUGGUAGGCAGCAAACUAAAUGAUAAAUAACAAGAAACAAUCACUUCAGUAAAGCAUGAUGCUUUUCAGUUUGGAAUCUAGUUUUUGGAUACCGAGAAAAGAUGUUCUUCAGUUAAAAGAAAAUGUGUGCUGUAAACGAAUUUCUGUUAUAAUUUUUGUGCAUUUAGAGUUUUCUAAUUUAGUCCGACUUUUGAACUUGGAUAUUUUAUUAUCAGUGUCUGGAUGUGCCUGUUUUGACUUGGUAUAUGUCCCAGCUUUGAAUUGAUAUUAAAUUCUCUGAUCGGUUACAUUUA